AAUAAUAAAAAACCAAUAUUUAACUAAAUAAAACAAAUAAAAUUUAUAAGUAACUGUGUGCGUGUGUGUGUCACACUUAAACCAUAUCACUUGUUUUAACACACACUAUAGGGAAUUUGCGGCCGUUCUUUAAGGCUGCGUGGCCGCCUGCUUUUAUGUUCUUUGACGAAUCGAUCGAAAAACACUAAUUACGCGUUAACAUACCUAUUUGUUGAAAUUGGACUGUACAGACUCUUUUUGAUGAGUAGCCGGCAAAUGCGAGCAUGUCGGCAGUAGAGCAGGAGCUACUGGGAAAAGUGAAAGAGCGAAUCGAUCUUAUCGAGCCAACAACAGGAAAACUCUUUUUUGAACACAAGGACGAACUUGUCUUCUGCAAACCGCACUUACUGCCAUUAAAGUCGCAAGCUCUGGAACGCCUCGAGGCGAUGCACCGCGAGACUGCGCGACAUUUGCAAAAGAAGCGGACAACGCGAAACAGCACCGACAACACCAACAAAGCUGGUGGUUCGGAAUAGGCCGCCGCUUAGGCUGCGGCCGUGACAUCAUUACCUGG